CGCGGGCGGGGUUAGGCGCCGUCGGCUCGUCCGGAGCGUCCCCCGUUCCCGCUUUUUCGUGCUAACGGCGAGCUUCCGCCCACGCUGGUUCUCCGUCCCGGUUCCGAGAGUCCUGGGGGCCGAGCAGGGGAGGUUUGUCUGCAGAGACUGGGGCCGAUACCCAGGGAAGCCAGGCAGGACUUCCGUGUCCCGCCGGAAGUGACGCGACAGUCGCGGCCGCCGCCAGGUGGAACGGCAGGUGGGUCCAGGUGCCAGCCUGGCCGGGACCCGGCUGAGGGACCGACUCUUCCGUUCCCCGCGCCCCUGCCGAGCUGGGCGGUUGGCCCGCCUGCCCGCACUCCCGGGACCAUGUUUGCAGACUUGGAUUAUGAGCUCGAGGAGGAUAAACUCGGGAUCCCCACUGUGCCCGGGAAGGUGACCCUGCAGAAGGACGCCCAGAACCUGAUCGGCAUCAGCAUCGGGGGCGGCGCCCAGUACUGCCCCUGCCUCUACAUCGUGCAGGUGUUCGACAACACCCCGGCCGCCGUGGAUGGCACAGUGGCGGCUGGCGACGAGAUCACCGGCGUCAAUGGGCGGUCGAUCAAAGGGAAGACCAAGGUGGAGGUGGCGAAGAUGAUCCAGGAGGUGAAGGGGGAGGUGACCAUCCACUACAACAAGCUGCAGGCGGACCCCAAGCAGGGCAUGUCCCUGGACAUCGUGUUGAAGAAGGUCAAGCACCGGCUGGUGGAGAACAUGAGCUCGGGGACGGCCGACGCCCUGGGCCUGAGCCGGGCCAUCCUCUGCAACGAUGGGCUCGUCAAGAGGCUGGAGGAGCUGGAGCGGACCGCCGAGCUGUACAGAGGGAUGACGGAGCACACCAAGAACCUGCUGCGGGCCUUCUAUGAGCUGUCGCAGACCCACCGGGCCUUCGGGGACGUGUUCUCCGUGAUCGGGGUGCGGGAGCCCCAGCCGGCCGCGAGUGAGGCCUUUGUGAAGUUCGCCGACGCGCACCGCAGCAUCGAGAAGUUCGGCAUCCGGCUCCUGAAGACCGUGAAGCCGAUGCUGACGGACCUGAACACGUACCUCAACAAGGCCAUCCCCGACACGCGCCUCACCAUCAAGAAGUACCUGGACGUGAAGUUCGAGUACCUGUCCUACUGCUUGAAGGUGAAGGAGAUGGACGACGAGGAGUACAGCUGCAUCGCCCUGGGGGAGCCCCUGUACCGCGUGAGCACGGGCAACUACGAGUACCGGCUGAUCCUGCGCUGCCGCCAGGAGGCCCGCGCCCGCUUCUCACAGAUGCGCAAGGACGUGUUGGAGAAGAUGGAGCUGCUGGACCAGAAGCACGUCCAGGACAUCGUGUUCCAGCUGCAGCGCCUCGUGUCCACCAUGUCCAAGUACUACAACGACUGCUACGCCGUGCUACGGGACGCCGACGUCUUCCCCAUCGAGGUGGACCUGGCGCACACCACGCUGGCCUACGGCCCCGGCCAGGGCGAGUUCACCGACGGGGAGGAGGAGGAGGAGGACGAGGAUGAGGACACGGCGGCCGGGGAGCCAGCCGGGGACACGCGCGGGGCUGCCGCGCCUGUGGACAAGGGAGGAAGCUGGAGGGACUCCUGAGUCCCCAGGGGCAGGUGCACGGAGCAGGGUGGGGCCGCUGGGCGACCGGGCGGCGCAUAAAGGCCUGCUGGCUCGGGGCGCCCGCCUCCCUGCUCCUCUGUCCAUGGUGGCCCGGACCCCUCCUGGGAAAGGCCCUGGGGCCCCAGCCUUCCCUCCCCCAGCCAGAGGGGGCGCCCAUCUCUGGAGCAGCCUUAGGAGGGUGCUGGAGGCGGCAGACAGCCCGGGGCCUGGUCCUGCGGGUGCCUUGGCGGCCCCCCGUAGCCUGCCGGGAGUGGGGCCGAGGCGGGCAGCCGGCGGGGCCGGCGUCUCCUGGGCCACACGCGCACCGGGCGGCCGCUGCUGUGAGGGCCAGACGCUGGGCUGUGCUGAAUAAACCGGCCUGGAUGGCGCCAGGCUCUUGGCA